CCCACGACGAGGGACGGCUCUGACGGGGAGAGGCAGUAGCAAGGGAAAACGUGAGAACUUACUUUUCUCUUUCGAAGAAUUAAAAAUAAACCAAAAAAAAAAAAAGAAAAAAACCCCGCAAGAAACUCAAAGCGGGUGACCGCAUUGCUUACUACAUUCCCUGAGGCAGUUUGAAAUAUGCCUCUCUUCAAGAGGAAGCCUUUUGGUUUAGCAGAGCCACCAAAGGAUUUGGAACCCUAUGCUCUUGUAUACCAAGUUCGAUUCACGAAAGAGAUCUUUCAGGAUUAUCAAGAGUAUCUGAACCGGAUAAAUUUUUAUCGUCAGAGAGUUUGGAUGUGCAAAUAUACUGGAAAAUCUAACAUGACUUAUGAAGAGGCUUUGGUGUCAGAAAAACAUGCGACUCAAAAGGUUCAAGAGCUACCCAAUGAGCUAGUGGCACCUGCAUUGUGUAUUAUCCAAUUUAGUAUGCUGUCAUUGAGAGAUCUUGCUGAUGCAAUAGCUAAAAAGUUGCAGAAGGAUUUGUUUGUGGGUGCUAAUUUGUAUGGACGGAAGGAUGGUAGUCUGUAUCCAUGCAAAGUGUUAAAACUUGUGGAGAAUGGUGUCGAAAAAAUACAAUAUGAGGUGGCAUGGAUUAACAAAACUAGGAAAAUAACAGAAAAUUCAAUAGUACUUGGAGAAGAUCUGGUAUGGAAGAAAACACCCUUUAGCAGAAAUAUUUUGAAGUCUUUUAUUCGGGAGUCCACAUGCCGAAGUAUUCCUUGGGUGAUUCAUGAGAAACUAGCACAGAAACAUGGUAUCUCAACUGACCCUCCACAGGAGUUGCGUAGCAGAUUUUUCUUUAAAGAUGGACAGCUUGUUGCCAAAAUGAAGAAAAGGAAAAAUGGAGAUGGAAAAAAUGUUGGGGAAGUAAAUGACGAAUCUGGGAAAUCCAAAAGGAAGAAAGUAGAAACUGGGACGUCUGAUGCAGUGAAGAACGGUAAGGAAGAAAAUAAUCAGCCUAAGGAAGAACCUGUCAAAUAUCCCAUUGAUGACCUUCUGGUGCAGCCUGGUCCAGAUGAUCCACUUUUUACUGAUCGCCCUUUUCCGUCAAGGGAUUUCAAUGUUCCGAUGGAUUGCGUUGGUGAUCUUUUGAUGGUUUGGGAUUUUUGUUCUUCAUUUAGUAGGCUACUGCAUUUAUGGCCAUUCUCUCUUGAAGAUUUUGAAAAUGCUAUUUGUCACAAGGAUAGUAAUUUGGUUCUCAUCGCUGAAACACAUUCAGCUCUUCUUCGGUUGCUUAUAAAAGAUGACAGUGAAUAUUCAUUCGCUUUACAGAAGAGAAAGCGAAAGCCUAAGAUUUCACUCAUCACGUGGACAGAUUAUGUCUGUGAUUUCUUGGAAAUGAUCAACAUUACUGAAUUAAGCUCUUCUAUGACCACUAUAAAGCGGGGGCAUUAUGGCCUUCUGGAUGCUAAUGCUAAAUUAUGGGUCUUGCGUGAAUUGGUUAGUCAUGCCCUUGAAACAGAUCUUAUUAGGGGGAAGUUGGAUGAGCAUAUUGAACAGCGACAGAUGCUUGGAGCCAUACGACGAGGGGAAGCUUUGGAAUAUGCUAGAAAGAGAAGAGAAGAAAAAGAACAGUUGAAAGGUGAAUCUGGUGCUGAUGGAUUAGUGAAGGAAAAUAGUCUGGAGAGCACAGGAAGCAAUCCGCACAUUGCAGAAAAUGGAAAUCCCAUCAUAGAGACAGGAGAUAUGGUGGAAGAGGUUAUUUCCUCUCAGCAAAGCAAUACAUUUUAUGAUAGGAGGCAAUUAGACUGUCCAUCAAUGAAAACAGAGGAAAAGCAAAAUGUGGAUCCAAAAGUCCUAGCAGAAAAUGUAACAAAUUCAUGUGAGAAGGAAGCACAGAAACAGCUAAGUGGUGAUAAAAAGGAAGCAGAGGAGAGGAAGAGUAAAGAAAAGAGGCAACAGAGGAGGGAAUAUUUUGAACGUGAGAUGGAGAAACGAAGCAUUCGAACUAGUCCCUUAGGUAAAGACAGGGACUAUAACAGGUAUUGGUGGUUUAGGCGAGAUGGGAGGAUAUUUAUUGAGAUUUCUGAUACCAAGCAGUGGGGCUAUUAUAGUACCAAGGAAGAGGUUGAUGCACUGAUACGCUCGCUGAACCGUAAGGGUGAGAGAGAGAGAGCUCUUCAGAUUCAGCUGGAAAAAUUCUACGGCAAGAUAUGCUUGGAACUCCAAAAGAGAUCAAAGGAUUUGGCUCACAAGAUUGCCUUGGAAGAGGCUGUGCUUCGAAGAUCGACUCGUGUACGUGCACCCCCAAGGGAAAAUCCUGCUAAUGCUUUCCUCAGGUAUGUGAACAAGUGGAAAGAAGAUUAAUUUGAUUCGAGUUUGAUAUCAGAGAUCAGACUUUCAUUUAAUUGAAAUCAGGCGCUCUACAUAGUUGUCACUUUGAAAGUAAACACAGGAGAGUAGGAAUUUUAAGUUGAUUUAAGUGCCUGCUUACAUUUUGAUGGAAUGUGGAAGGAUGGAUAGUUGUAGUUGGCCAAAGAAGGAUGUGGAGGAACUGGGAUGGAGCUGUUUUUUGAUCCAUUCCUCUUAUUAGUUGACAAGCAUCUACUCAUGCUUGACCCUCAAUUUUGUAAAUGACAUCGGCUUGACAUUCUUUAAUUGUGUUAUCAUCUGCGUAGAAAUUUCUGAUCAACUCAUUGCUUUUCUGGUGGA